AGCAAGAUUCCGGCAAGAAGGGUGAUGGGGAUAUUCUCAAUCACUCCAUCUGUAGCCAUCUGAGAGAAAAAGAUAUGUGCAAGAGAAGCCAUCACAUCAAGAAAAAACUGUGUAAAGCCACAUGCGGUUGCGAUGACAUGAUCUCACAGAAAUCGUGUAUCGUCCUGAAAAGAUUCAAUGAAUGCUCCAAAAACUUGGCAAUGCGCAUGCGUUAUUGCAAGUGGACAUGUGGAUUAUGUUCAUGCCAAUUGGAAAGACCACUUGGGAUGCAGAGCAGAGAUAUUCCUGAUUCGAGUAUCACCGCGUCAUCGAUUUAUAGCUCACAUCAUCCCCCACCACAAGGAAGACUUCACAUUAGGCCAUCUCGUGGCAAGUCUGGAUGGUGUGCAAAAAGAAACCGAGCAGGAGAAUGGCUCCAAGUUGACUUGGGCAAGAAAACCAGAGUUCAAGGUGUCGCAACACAAGGUCGAUACAAGGAUAACCAAUGGGUGAAAAGCUACACCCUGCAAUACAGCAACAAUGGCAAAACCUUCAAGAAAUACCAGGGAGGCAAAGUGUUCAAGGGAAACAGUGACUGGCACACCGUUGUCAAGCAUAAUCUAAAUCCCCCGAUUUAUGCCAGGUACAUCAGGGUAGUAGUCAAGACAUGGUAUGGUUGGGUGUCAAUGAGAAUGGAGCUGUAUGGGUGCAAAAACUGAGUUCGUCAUAGUAUCUGAUGCUGACUAUAGUAAACACGUGAACAAUGGAAAAACAAGCAAAAACUAACGUUAAAUUAAGGUCUUUAAGUAGCGUUUAAGAUAAUUAUGUAAACCAAAACAAUWAAAUAGUUGAAAGCACUUCA